GCCUAAUGGCGUGUCUGUUUGAAAGCGAAGUUUGUAAGAUUAAGAACUACAGCUCCCAGCGUAAAUAGCACCGCCUAUCUAGAAACAUUCUGCAGGGACACAAGCAGCGUAGAGCUAAGCAUAGGAUUUCUGGUUAGACAGUUGACAGGCUGGGGUUGUAUUGGGAAGUUUGGGGUUUAGUUAUUGUUAGGUGCAGUAUUAAAUGUUAAAACAGACAUAGUUGGUUGAUAUUUAUUGUUCUUAUAAAUAUAUAAAAUAGUUCGAGUGGUAGGAUACCGGCGGUAGUUGAUAUAAUUUACAUUAUUUGAGUAACGUUUUGUUUGGGAAGUACUACUAGCUUGCAUAGCUGUCAUAUUUUAAAGCAUAGCUAGGAUUUUACUUUGUAAUAUCAAAUGUUGCAGAGCCUAACAUUACAGGAUAAAAACAUGUUAUGUUGUAGUGUAUUAAUUCCACGGAAAUGAUGAGUUUUUGUAAUUUAUUAUUGACCGCUCGUUAAACUAGGAUAUACCGUCACAGUACCUAUCUCAAUUUUGUGAAGAUAACACUCUCCAGUCAAGUUCAAUUGAUGAAUGCUUCGGCUGUUUAUUUAUUUUGCCAGCAGUAGAUCGUGGGGUGGGAUUAAGAAGGGAGAAAAACAAAAAAAAGGUAUUUAACAUAAUUAACAAGGGAAUCUUUAACCAUGGGUGAUUGUGGCGAGGAUGUAAACGCUAACCUGGUCUCUCACGUCACUGGGGAUUCCCAGCUGGAUAAAGCGAUUUGGCAGUGGAUAACCUGGGAUAAGAAUCCCAAGACGAGGGCGCAGAUUGAGGAACUGGUGAAGGAGGGCAAGAAGACGGAGCUCCGUGAGCGGCUCUGCUGCAGGAUGACCUUCGGGACAUCAGGGCUGCGGGCCGCUAUGGGGGCAGGCUUCUCCCUCAUCAAUGAUCUCACAGUCAUCCAGUCCACACAGGGUAUGUAUCGGUACCUGGAGAAGUGUUUCCCUGACUUGAAGAGAAGAGGCUUUGUGAUCGGGUACGACACACGUGGGCAAGCCGCCAUCAGCUGCAGCAGCGAAAGGCUAGCAAAGCUUGCAGCUGCCGUUCUUCUUUCUAAAGGCGUCCCUGUCUAUCUGUUCUCCACAUAUGUUCCUACACCAUUUGUGCCCUAUGCGGUGAAGCAGAUGAAAGCUACUGCAGGUGUGAUGAUCACAGCGUCACAUAACCCAAAACAGGACAAUGGGUACAAGGUGUACUGGGAGAAUGGCUCUCAGAUAACCUCUCCUCAUGACAAAGAGAUCCUGAAAUGUAUAGAAGAGAGUGUAGAGCCUUGGGAUGGAUCCUGGAAUGAGAACAUAGCUGAUGGUAGUCCUCUGAGGAGUGAUCCCCUGGAUGAAAUCUGCAAAAGCUACAUGGAAGACUUAAAAGUUAUAUGUUUUCACAGAGAUCUCAAUGCAAAGACCUCUUUAAGGUUUGUGCACACAGCUUUUCAUGGAGUUGGGCACGACUAUGUGCAGCUGGCCUUCAAAGCAUUUGGGUUUGCACCCCCUAUUCCAGUUCAAGAGCAGAAGGACCCAGAUCCUGACUUUUCUACGGUCCGUUGCCCCAAUCCUGAGGAAGGCGAGUCAGUCUUGGAGCUGGCACUUAGACUGGCAGAGAAAGAGGGUGCCAGGGUUGUCUUAGCAACAGACCCAGAUGCUGACAGAUUGGCAGUAGCAGAGCAGUAUGAGAAUGGUCGUUGGAAAGUGUUCACGGGUAAUGAGUUGGCAGCACUCCUCGGCUGGUGGCUCUUGGCCUGCUGGAAGGAAAAGCACCCAGACGCAGCUGACAUCAAGAGAGUUCACAUGCUGGCAACUACAGUCUCUUCCAAAAUCCUGCAGACCAUCGCACAGCAGGAGGGGUUUCACUUUGUGGAAACAUUACCAGGUUUCAAAUGGAUUGGAAACAGAAUCAAAGAGUUAAUGGACAAUGGAAAUGAAGUAUUGUUUGCAUUUGAGGAGUCUAUCGGAUUCAUGUGUGGUACUUCAGUCCUUGAUAAAGAUGGGGUGAGUGCUGCUGUUGUGGUGGCAGAAAUGGCAGCCUAUUUAGAGACCAGGAACCUUACGUUGUCCCAACAGCUUUCGAAAAUAUAUGAAACCUAUGGCUUCCACAUUUCAAAGACUUCCUAUUUAAUCUGCCAACACCUUCCGACAAUCAAAAGAAUAUUUGACCGUCUUCGCAACUUUGGAGGCGAGAGGGAAUACCCAAGGUCCUGUGGAGGAUACAGUAUCGUCCACACCAGGGACGUCACCACGGGGUACGACAGCAGCCAACCUGGUCAGAAAUGUGUGCUUCCUGUGACUAAAAACAGCCAGAUGGUCACCUUCACUUUCCAGAAUGGAUGUGUUGCAACUCUGAGGACAAGUGGCACAGAACCCAAGAUCAAGUACUAUGCUGAGUUACGUGCUGCUCCAGGACAGAGCGACCCCGCUUGUCUGAAAGAGGAACUUCAGAAGCUGAUCCAUGUCCUGGUUGAAGAGUUUCUUGAGCCGGACAAGAACAAACUGAUCCAGCGUUCCGUCUAGAAGCACAUUCAUUUACACGCUCCUUCACACAUUCCCAUUCAGGAGCGCAUGAAGGAAUGUCGCAUUGACGUGUUGGAUGCUUCACUGCACACUAGUAUAUACCAUUGCACUUUUAGUAUGUAAUGCAUUAAUCACAUCAAGCCUAUUAAGUGUAGAGCGCCACAUACAUUACAGCAUAUUAAAAUUCAACUUGGCUUUCACAAUAAACAAACAUUUAUGGGGAUUUGAAACAUAAUAGGAAGAACCUUGUACAGGGGACAAUCCUUUACUGCGAUUUAUAGUCACAGCUAUAGUAUAAUGUUACAGGUAAUGCAUCUAUGUUUACAGGCAGCAUCUUUUUUUGUCGGAGGCUGUAAAAUACGUUUUGGUUCAGGGGUGGGCUCUUAACCUUUAGAACAGCUCAUUUCACCGUUGGGAAAUCUCUGAGCUGAGGGAGAAAAUAAUACAUAGGCACUCUACACGUGCUGGAUGUGAACAUGUUCAUCUGGCUGUCUGUCAAGUGACCACUUGCCUACUACGACAUGACAACAGUUUACAGACAUGUUACAAGAACAUAAAGGAUACUGCCGCCUUCUGUGAGGUCUCUGUGCUGUUAAGUUAUUAGCCUAGUUUGGUUUCGUCCGCACUAGUGGAUAUAACUGAGUAUGGGCUCCUAAUGGAAAGGCUUGGAGUAAGUAGCUUCCAAUUACAUAUAGUUUGUUUUUACUGCCCUGCGCCUUUUUGUUAUGCUUGAUAUUGUUCUGAGUGGUUUGGUAAUCAUUGUUUUGAUUCAGCUAAUAAUUUGAAUAUUUAGCAGCAGCUGUUGUAGAAUAACUCUAGAGAAAAUGAUCAAUUUUGAAGCGACAAUGCUAUUUUGUUCUGGUUUAAUAAAUAUUAUGCUUAACCCUAAUGUCUUUUCAAAAGGUGGACAUAAACGAAAUAUUCUGCAAUUUAGCAUUUACUGUUUUUUAUGAGGAAAUUAUUUAAAUAUUUAGGAGCGGCUGUUGUAGAAUAACUCUAGAGAAAAUGAUCAAUUUUGAAGUGACAAUGCUAUUUUGUUCUGGUUUAAUAAAUAUUAUGCUUAACCCUAUUUUUAGACAGUGAAAUACUGUGAAGUAAGCAAUUUUUUACCGUGAAAAAAAUAGUCCUAACUAUGCGCUCAGGAGCUGCUUUUUGUUCUAGUUGUCUGACAGACAUGUUGUUUAUGCUAGAUUCACCAUUCAAAGUGGCAGAUCACAAGGUCAUGCUGGCUUACUUUUAUAAAGACAAUGACUGGUCUUGCCUUUGCUGUUUGAAAUGCGUUACAAGAUAGACUGUAAGCUUAGCAAGUUCUGGCUGCAUUGGGGACAGAAAAAAAAAACUGUGGUUAUAAAAUAUGUGCAGAGGUUGACAAUAUGGCGCCUAAAUGCCUUUCUUUACAUGUCGCCUUGGAAGAUGUAGGCCUAAUGAUUUUAAAAGACUAUUGAUUGUACUGUGUGGGUGGGUGUUGUGAGCGUGAGUCUAAAUAUAAACAUUAGCAGCGGGAAGGAAGGUGUCUUGAGCUGUAUUGUUGUGCAUUAAAUUUCAAAAGCACCUUCUUUUCUGAUUAUUGGGGGUGACAGAUGAGGUUACAGAGGAUAAAAGCUGACUGGAGGGAAAAUACCUUCAAGAUUAUAUAUUUUUAUAUUGAUAAUGAUUGAUCAAAUUGCUACUGGUCUUGGCGCGAAGUAGAGUUUCUAAAUGAAGCUUAAGCAUUGUUGUUUACAUGAAUUUAAAGAAUGUACCAGGCUGCAUGCAUGACUAUAAAACAGGGUUUAACAAACGGUGGGCUACCUGCUUUAAAGAUACAAUGCACUAUCAAGGCAGAAGUUAUGCUCGGGUCAAGUAACCUGCCUUUUGAAAUAAACCAUUUGCUAAUUUGUUCCAACACACGGAUAAAGGCGUAUUUAAAAUAUACUGCACAUUAUAAAUCUACUAAUUAUUUUUAUGACAGUCUGAGGCUUUGGCUAAUUGAAUAGAAAGGCUUAUGGAAAAAAAAGCCUGGACAAUCACUGUUCUGUGUAGGAGGUUGAGGUAAAAACAGCCUGUAGCUGUGUAAAAAUAUAAAAAUUAAAGCUUUCACAUCUCUUAAUAAAACCACGACAAAUAAUAAUAAAAGAAACACCUUCGGUAAAAAAAGAACGUUUCUAAUUACACAGCAGAGAUUAACGCAGCUGUAGGGGAUGGGCUGCUGCGGGGGGGGUUGCUGUAUUUUCUAAUGCUUGAACUGUGCGCACAAUUCCAAAAGCGGAGGAAGAGCUUCGCUUUUUAUCUGCUUCUCUGUUAUGUUACCUCAUUGUCAUGUUACCUCGUUGUUGGCUCAGAAAUACAUGUUUGUUGUUGGUUUUUUUAUUUUUGUUGCUUUUCAGGUAUCAUUUGUGUUUGAACAUUUAUUUUUGCUCUGGGAUAAAGCCUAAAAAAAAAAACCAAACAAACAAAAAAAAAAAUCAUUCCUUUUUUUAUAUGCCCUGUAAGAGAAACUGCCUUGGAUUGUGCAAUGUUAUAUUACUCCCGUGAGAGACAGAACAGGUUGCACGGCUCUAUUGUGUGUCAGAGGUGGUUUUCAGUUUCUUACAGGUGACUCUGCCUCGUCUAUUGCAAAUACAUGGAAAGCUAAGUGGCAUUAAUGUUUACAACAGAGCUGAGUAAGUUCUGUAUGUUUUAAAGAUUAAUUACAGCUAUGAAUUGCACCCUAAAUGUAGUCUGACACAAAGGUGUGCAGACAGUUUUGUUGUUUUGAUGGGUGGGGUUCUGUAUAUUGAGAAAUUGUAGCUGAAAAUGCGGACAGUUACAAGAGAUGGAGAUCUCCUGUAUGAACCACUGUUUUUUUUUUCUUCUUGUUUUACAACAUGGCGUUUUUGUUUCCUUUCAUGUAAUUGUGGAAAUCCCCCCCCAGAAUAAAAAUAAGACAAUUAUAAAUAGGGUGUCCUGGUAUUCAGGAAAAUGUAUUAUUGAACAAAAACAUUACUUAGGAGCACUCUGUGUUAAGAGGAUAAAAGGCUGACUGGAGGGAAAAUACCUUCAAGAUUAUAUAUUUUUAUAUUGAUAAUGAUUGAUCAAAUUGCUACUGGUCUUGGCGCGAAGUAGAGUUUCUAAAUGAAGCUUAAGCAUUGUUGUUUACAUGAAUUUAAAGAAUGUACCAGGCUGCAUGCAUGACUAUAAAACAGGGUUUAACAAACGGUGGGCUACCUGCUUUAAAGAUACAAUGCACUAUCAAGGCAGAAGUUAUGCUCGGGUCAAGUAACCUGCCUUUUGAAAUAAACCAUUUGCUAAUUUGUUCCAACACACGGAUAAAGGCGUAUUUAAAAUAUACUGCACAUAAAAAUAAUUAGUAGAUUUAUAAUGACAGUCUGAGGCUUUGGCUAAUUGAAUAGAAAGGCUUAUGGAAAAAAAAGCCUGGACAAUCACUGUUCUGUGUAGGAGGUUGAGGUAAAAACAGCCUGUAGCUGUGUAAAAAUAUAAAAAGUAAAGCUUUCACAUCUCUUAAUAAAACCACUACAGAUAAUAAUAAAAGAAACACCUUCUGUAAAAAAAGAACGUUUCUAAUUACACAGCAGAGAUGAACGCAGCUGUAGGGGAUGGGCUGCUGCGUGGGGGGGGGGGGGGGGGGGGGGUUGCUGUAUUUUCUAAUGCUUGAACUGUGCGCACAAUUCCAAAAGCGGAGGAAGAGCUUCGCUUUUUAUCUGCUUCUCUGUUAUGUUACCUCAUUGUCAUGUUACCUCGUUGUUGGCUCAGAAACACAUGUUUGUUGUUGUUGGUUUUUUUAUUUUUGUUGCUUUUCAGGUAUCAUUUGUGUUUGAACAUUUAUUUUUGCUCUGGGAUAAAGCCUAAAAAAAAAAAAAAAAAUCAUUCCUUUUUUUAUAUGCCCUGUAAGAGAAACUGCCUUGGAUUGUGCAAUGUUAUAUUACUCCCGUGAGAGACAGAACAGGUUGCACGGCUCUAUUGUGUGUCAGAGGUGGUUUUCAGUUUCUUACAGGUGACUCUGCCUCGUCUAUUGCAAAUACAUGGAAUGCUAAGUGGUAUUAAUGUUUACAACAGAGCUGAGUAAGUUCUGUAUGUUUUAAAGAUUAAUUACAGCUAUGAAUUGCACCCUAAAUGUAGUCUGACACAAAGGUGUGCAGACAGUUUUGUUGUUUUGAUGGGUGGGGUUCUGUAUAUUGAGAAAUUGUAGCUGAAAAUGCGGACAGUUACAAGAGAUGGAGAUCUCCUGUAUGAACCCUGAAGUCCACUGGUUUUUUUUUCUUCUUGUUUUACAACAUGGCGUUUUUGUUUCCUUUCAUGUAAUUGUGGAAAUCUCCCCCCCCCCCCAGAAUAAAAAUAAGACAAUUAGAAAUAAGGUGUCCUGGUAUUCAGGAAAAUGUAUUAUUCAACAAAAACAUUACUUAGGAGCACUCUGUGUUAAAUUUCAAAUUAAAGUUUAAUGUUGCUGUACUUUAGUAUUGAACAUUACAUAUGAAGAGCCUUGACAGAUGGAUUAAAACCUCAACAGUUUUAAAAGCUGGGCUCCAGUAUCUACUGAAGGGAGGUUUGUGGGGUGCAGAUUUGACACCGAGACAAUUUUUAAAUGGCACUUAUUUAUUUUCUAAUUAAAUUAAGCUUGUUUACGUGUAAUUUAAUUGUUUUACUUUAAGUGGCAUCAAGAGAAGUAAGUGCAGUGUGUAAGCAAGCAACAUUUAUAAUCCUACCUGUUUUUGAAAGUAUUUUAGACCCUUGUCUGAAAUACCCCGAGACAUGUAUAGCAUGUUUGAAAAGUUCCUGUCUAAUCUUAUGAAAUCCUAACCCAGUUUAAUAUGGAGGUAUUUAUUGUGUCACCAGGUAGAGUUACUGGUAGAGCCAGGAUCUGAUCAUAAUAUAUAUGUUAUUUUCAGUGCAAUUUUGUCACACAUGCCGAAUUUAAAAAGAGCAAUUGACUUUUCAAUCCUGCAAAUGUCUUAUUUAAUCAAGUUGUAUGACUUUGUUUUAUUUAUUUAUUUAUUUAUUAUUAUUUAUAAAUGCUAUUUUCUGUAUGCAAAAUGUUUAAGUGUGUGGGUUUCAAGUAAUAAAUAUAUUUUUGCUUGUGA